AUGCGUCGUAACAAGAAAAGAAAUAAACCCAAUGAGCCUCAGGAGGAGUUAGCAGAUGAUGCUUUAGAAAUACUAGCUCUAUUAUCAAUAUGUUCUUUAUCUUCUUGCACAUCUCAUUCAUUGCCAUUACAAACACCUCAAUUACAAUUUAAUAAUUCACCAAAAUCUCAAAUCGCUCAUCUAACACAACUUCAAUUAAAAGCUCAACAAUCCUUUAAUAGUGAGCAAAGUAAUAUAUUCAAGCCUCAUAGCCAAACAAGAAGUCUCUCCCAAUCUUUUGGUGAAUGUAGUGAUUUAUCUAAGUCACCUCACGAAAGUACAAAGCGCUCAUCUGGAAAUAUAGAUAAUAUUACUAAAGUAUCAAGCUUGGCCAAUGAAGAUCGUCUUAUGCUUCAAAAGACAAUGCAAUAUGCAAUAACUAGCCUUGAGCUAGCUUAUGAAAAUAAAAAUGCAAUGUCUCGUGUUGAAGAAUUGGUACAGAACCUCGUUCAAAUUAUAAUAGGUACCAAUGACGAUAAUGAUGUUAUGACAACACCUGGAGUAUACACAAAGCAAAGGAGAAUUAGGAAAUGGUUUUUAAAGGAUGUGGCCGAUGCGAUAUUUGAGUUGCUUGAGAAUGACAAAAAUGCGGACGAUCUAGUAAUGAAAAAUAUGUACUAUGAUAAGCUCAAAAAUAAUUUUCAUAAAAAAAUGAUUCAAAUUAAAAAUUCCCAAGGAGGAUGA